UGGAUCGUGAUCAUAAAUGGAAUAUAAAUAGGCUAUCGGAUUUUUCUCAUUAGUCAUUGUUAGUAUAGAGCGAAGAGACGUCCAAAUGAAGCUCAUCACAAUUGGGAGUAGCUUCUCCUUGGUUGCAUCAGCCUUGGCGAUAGACGUUCGCGCUGGAUGUCGAGGCACUGAGGUGAUAGCUCGUGAUAUUGCCGUUAUUGGCGGAGGCGCGACAGGCACCUAUGCAGCUAUCAAUCUUAAAGACCAGGGCAAGUCUGUUGUCGUCGUUGAGCAGCGGGGGUCGUUAGGCGGUCACACUUCCACAUACCAUGACCCUGCAACGGGAACCCCUAUCAAUUAUGGCGUGCAGCUCCACCACGACGAUCAGAUUGCACGCGACUUUUACUCUCGUCUCAAUGUCACUGCUAGCCAGGCUUCGUUUCCUGACACUAGGAUCCCCCUCUACAUCGACUUUACAGAUGGCUCGCCUGUUUUGAACUACUCCAUUCCUCCCCUCAGUGACGAUUACAUCCAGGCGCUUCAUAAGUACCCGUAUCUUGAGAAUGGUAUCGAACUGCCUGACCCGGUGCCUGAGGAAUUGCUCCUGACCUGGCCCGAGUACAUGGAGCGGUUUAAUCUCACCGGCGACGCAUUCGCCACGUACUCUAUGCCAGCCGUCCCCGGUGACCUGACCAAAUACCUCGCUUUAUACGUCUUCAAUUAUCUCAACUCGGGGAUGCUCGAAGAAGAGCGCGAGGGAAAGAUCAUCAUGAAUGCCGAUGGCGACUUAGCCGAGCUUUAUCGGAACGCCCUGGCUGAGCUCGGAUCCGAUGUUCUUCUCAACUCGGUUGUGCUCCAUGGCCAGCGGGGUAGCAAGCCGGCCGACGGUGUGAAGCUCUGUGUAUUGACUCCCAAAGGCAGAAAGCAGAUAGUUGCCAAGCAGCUGGUAUUUGCAGCGCCGGCGGAGUUAGAGAAUCUGGAACCUUUAAGUCCGGAUGAACGCGAGAAGAAUAUAAUGUCGGAGUUUAAGGGAGGAUUCUACUUUACGGGAAUUGUGACGAACUUCGGUCUGCCAACGAACUAUAGCUACACGAACCGGGGCCAGAACACGGAGUCUCACAUAGCGAGCGUGCCGGGAGUAGCAAUGUUCAACCCGACGAAUGUGGAGGGGACAUAUUACUACUGGUACAACUCGCUCUCGGACAUGACGAGGGGGCAAGUGGAAGCUGAUACUCGCAACACCAUCAAGCGACUACAGCGGACUGUGGCUGGUGCAGACGUGAGCGCCGAGCCCAAAUUCCUAGAGUAUAAGAGUCACUCCCCGCUACAUCGGACUGCCAGUGCAGAUGUCAUUCGUAAAGGGAUUUACCGCGACGUAUACUCCUUGCAGGGUUACCGCAAUACUUGGUACACUGGUUCCCUCCUAGUUGUUGGAUCCUCUCAGCUCUGGAACUUGACCAGUCAACUACUUCCUAGGAUCAUUGCCGCUUCAGAGCAGUAAAAGGUCUCUUAAUUGUCUGAUAUAUCUCCUAGUCAGCCUGUACACGCUGGGUAUACGUGGUAUUGUUUAGGUACUUAUUAGGGGCUUUCGUGCAUCGCCGUAUUCAUAAGGAAUCUAAUGCAUAUUGCA